AACCCAACAACGGCUAUAUUCACCACCGCCCCCCGCCCAACGGUACAUUUCUCUCACAAAAUUGCAACGGAGACAAAUCUUUCUAUCCUCCGCUCUCCUCAUUACGAUUAGGCUCACAUCCGCAUGCAAUUCUUCCGUCUCCUUACACUUGAAUCCACUUUUUUCCGAUUCCGAUCAAUGUAUUUUUCACCCAAUUCGAUUUAGGAUUUUUCAACCACUCAAAUUCCAUCCCCAAUUAUCGAAUCAUUAGGUUUUAGAGUUGUCUUGAUCAGAAUCGGAGUUAGUGUUGUGGUUUUGUUUGAAUUUCUGCUGCGAUCGGUGACAUGAAGAUCGAAGAGUUGGACGAGGUUGAAUCUGAUGGAAGGAGUUACAAUCACAGUGAUUUCUGGAAGAAUGAUUGUUCGGGUCGACGCAAAGAGAGCGCUAGUCGGAGCUGGGGCUCGGAUCCUGUUCUACCCGACCCUUCUGUACAAUGUUUUCCGGAACAAGAUUCAAGCUGAGUUCAGCUGGUGGGACCAAAUUGAUCGGUAUCUUCUGCUGGGGGCGGUUCCAUUCCCUAAGGAUGUUCUGCAGUUGAAGCAGCUUGGUGUUGGCGCUGUCAUCACCCUUAAUGAGCCUUAUUGUUGGUUCCAACAUCAUUGUACCAUGUGAGUGAUGUCGUCUGCGCUGAUUCGACGGCUGGGGAUUGGGAGGUCACGGCUCAGGUCCAGGGAUUU